AUGGAUAUCUUAACUUGUUGUAUCUUAGUUACUUUAAUUUUGUUAAUAUUUAUAUCAUGUGGGAUAUUUUAUAGACAUUUUGUAAAAGCAGAUGAAUCGACGUUCUUACCAGCAGCUACUUUUGUUUUAUCCUUGAGUACAAGUUUCAUUUUAGUUUUGUUCAUACCAGUAGACAUAUACCUGGUAUCCAAUGGGAAUCUAGAAUUUUCAGAUUUAGAAAUAACACAAAAGAAUGUAUCUAAAUUUUACCACUCUAUGUUUUGGGUGCUCAUAUUUGAGGCGUAUGUCGCGAUUCCCUUCUCCUACUUCUAUGUGAAAAAUAAAGGCUCGUACAGAAACGAAUUUGAUGAUAAUAUAAUGCCGUGCGAAAAUGUGAUUGAAUCUUUAAAAAAAACCAUAUACUUUAUAUUCUUUUUAGUUGUGUUGUCAAUAAUUGGUCUAAUUUAUAGACCUGGUCACAAGCUCGCAAUGGAAAAAGGAAAAGAACUUGAAUACAUUUCUGACCUCCUGGAUAUGAAAAACACGGGAGAGUCAGCCAUUUUAUUUCUGAUGGGAUGUGUUGCCAUGAUUGGUGUUUCCUUUUGGGUUACUUACACGAGUUAUGGAAUAGCUUGUCUACCGCUAUCAUUUUUGCAGCAGAAAAACAUUGAAUGCGACAAGAAGGAGAUAGAAAACCGAUUUACAAAUUUGAAAGAGAAGGAAAAGAUGAUAAAACAUAAAUAUAGAGGUCCAAGCGAAAUGCAAAGAAACGAUAUGCACGAAAUACGUAGAAUAGAAAAAAUGAAAAGGGUUCUGAGUAGGUACAACUACAAACUUCAGGAGAUAGAAAAAACAUCAGAAUCUUGGUUGUCGUAUGUUAUAGGAAUAAUGCUUACCUUCAGGGUCCUAACCGGAUUGGUGUUUCUAACAUUCUCAUUCACAAUUUACAUAUCUCUGUUAGCUUCAAUAACAGAUAAGUACUUCAAUUCCGUCUGUGCCUAUAAAUGUGGUUUUGUGCUAGAAAAAAUAAACACAAUUUUUAACUUAUUGGAUUCAUCGCUUAUAUUAUUUUCUCGGUAUUUCCCCUUGGACAUUUUUAUCAUAGCAAGUUUGUCAAUAUAUAUUUUCUGUUGUUCCUUGUAUGGAAUUGUAAAUGUGGGAAUACGAAUUUUCUUUAUACCCUUUUACAAAUUGAAGACGAGGAAAUCUUCCCCCCAAACUAUGUUAGUUCUUUGCUUUGUCAUUAUUCACAUUAUACUUGUGCUUAUAAUGACAUUAUUAACGAUUGCUCCUAAUUAUGUGACAUAUGGAAUACAAAGGAUACAAUUAAAAGACACUGAAGGAUAUAUAAAAUGCUCCUUAAAGACUGAUAAGAAUAUUUGCAAGAUGUCUGUGCUAUCUGUAUUUUUUAAUAAAAUAUUUUUUGGUAUACCAUAUUUUGCAAACAGCUACUUCUUCUCCAAUUGGAUGUUUAUACUUAUGUAUACCCUUUCAUUCGUCUACCGCGUUUGCUUCAAGCGGAUCAGCUACCUAGACAGUUUGGACGAGUUAAGCCUGAGUAAGGAGAACAUCGAUGAGCAUAUGAACCUCUUACCGAUGGAGAAGUUAACUUGA